AUGUCUUGGAAGCCUUCUUCGUCUGCCGCAGCGGCUGACAUCCUCGCUAAGUUUAUCAACAGCACCGGCGGUGCUGGCAACUUGUCUGUCCUGCUGGAGAUGUUUCCAGACCUCUUGAACACGACGUCCGAGUUUUCCGUGAUCGAGGUUGGCAGUGAACGCCAGUGGGUGCUACCAUGGUGGGUGCAACUCAUCUACGGUGUGCUUUUCGGCUCUAUGGUGCUUGUAGCCGCCUUUGGAAACGCAGUCGUCGUGUGGAUUGUGGUGGUUCACCGCAGCAUGCGCACUGUGACCAACUACUUCCUUGUGAACCUGUCUAUCGCGAACGCGAUGACAGCCACCUUCAACGCCAUCUUUAAUUUGGUAUACAUGUUGGAGAGCCAUUGGGCAUUUGGUUCCACCUACUGCAUCUUUAACAACUUUGUGGCCAAUCUAACAGUCUCUUCCUCUGCGUUUACCAUUGCUGCAACGAGCAUUGACAGGUAA